AUGACAACUUUCGCAACCCGUCUCUGUGGUUAUUCUGUAGUUGGUGAUACCUACAAAGCAGCUUUAGAUGUAUAUAACUGGGUGAAGAAGAAAGAGUCUGUUGGCGCCAUUGUUCAAACAGCGGAAGAUAAAGCUGUUGCGGUAAUUAAACCGAUUAUUGAAAGUGGACUUGUUCAAAAGAUAGAUGAUAUCGCCUGUCAUCAUGUAUUGGAUCGUGCUGAAGCAGCCUGUCAACAGAUUAAGACUACAUCAAAUGAACGCUUGAUUUUACCUACUGCCAACUGUGCUAUAAACAUAGCUGAGACAUGUGCUAACUUAUAUCUUCCAAAAGAUGAAGAUCCUAAAUUUGCUGCAGGAGGUAAUGCAACACCAUCAGAAAGAUUGAUUCGAUUACAACAAAGAGCAUCAACACAUGCUGAAGUACUGAUACAUUCUACAGUUGAACAUGCUAAUUCACUUUUAUCUACUCUUGCUGCUUAUGGAAGUAGUUUAAAUCAAACAGUUUCAAAAGCCACAAUUAAGAGUACACUUGCACAAGCUAUUGCUUUAUAUGAAUUGGCUUAUUCUACUGCUAAGGUUGUAAGUCUUCCUAUCGCUGUACGCUGUAUCAGUAUGAUUCUUGAUCGUGUUCGAAAGCUUAAUGAACAAAUAAAAGAGUCAAAGGCAAUCAACUGGAUGGAUUUAAAACAGUUAGUAACAGUUCUUGAAUUUAUGAAAUCCCGUUUGGAUGUUAAUGAAGCAGUAACAGAAAUUGAACUUGAAGAAGUGACUAAAAAAUCAGACGAAUCUAUGGCUUCUGGAGAUCAGACUGAAUCAGAACCAGAUCAUGUGGAUCAUGUUAACUGA